CUGUUACAUACAGCAGCAGACACCAAGAGCCCAGACCCUGUAGCCCCCGCUGACUCUUUUGCCAACCCUGGUGGGAACAUCAGUGGGUGGGUACUUGACAGAGCCAGUUCCAGGAAGAUAAAACCACUCAGUGCUGCUGGAGGUGUGACACAGUCCCAGGCCUCUGCACAUUGAUUCACACAGGAUUAAGCCACUGCAUGAUGCUUCAGGCGGAAGGCCUGGCAUAGCUGAAUUACCGUCCCUGUCAGACUUAACGUCUUUGGAGGCCUCCUCUGCCUUGCUCCUGUCUUCUGUGGAAGGACUAGUAAAAAUUAUCUGCCACUGCACCAACCAGAUCACCCAAAGGGAUGACUGGCAGUCAUCUGUCUCAGGAGUAAGAGAGGAAGCAAUGGGCAGGACUAUGACUCUAAAAGAUGACUUUGGGGUCAUUGCCUGGACACGGCGAGCUGGGAACAACCUCUGCCUCUUCCUCCUCUUUUCCCUCUUUUCCGUUUCAGUCCAGUCAGACAUUGUGUUUCCUAAGGACCAUCAUUUCUCAUGGAAAGCAGGCCAGUGGGGUCAAUGUAUCGGGGAGGAGUGUGGUUCUGGCGGGGUUCAGACAAGGACAAUAUGGUGUGUCCACAUGGAGGGCUGGACUACCCACCAUUCCCACUGCCUCCACAUGGACAAGCCGGAAAGCCAGCGUCACUGCUUUAAGGUCUGCGACUGGCACCAGAACCUCUUUGAGUGGGAGGUGUCAGACUGGGGUGGCUGUGUUCUUGUCCCUUUCUUUUCCAACGAGCUCAAGCUUAGGACGACUGAGUGCAUUACAGCACAGCAUGGCAUCCAGAGGCGCAAAGUAAAUUGUGUCCGCACUUCAAACCAUACUACAGUCACCUUGAGGAUAUGUGAGUUCUUUUCCCAGAAACCACGUGUGGAGCAGGCAUGUCUCAUUCCCUGCCCCCAGGACUGUGUAGUCUCAGACUUCAACUCCUGGUCAAGUUGCAGCAAAACCUGCGGCGCUGGCCUGCAGCAUCGGACUCGACAUGUCCUGGCCACACCAAUGUACGGAGGCGCAAGCUGCCCCAACUUAACUGAGACUAGGACUUGUUCUAGCUCUGUUGACUGCCCUGCUGGGGAGGGCGAGUACCAGUACAGCCUUAAAGUAGGGGCCUGGAGCGAGUGCCGACUACCCCAUCACAAGGAUGCCCUUCUAAGUGGUAGGACCACAGUGGACUUCAGCGCCAGCUCCAAUGAGAACAACACAGUCACAUUGCACACACAGGCUUCUCACCACCACGCCCAUCACCACCACCCUCAUGCGCACAAGUACCCCAUGUCAUGGGAACUGGAGGUAGGAUACAAGACACGACAAGUCCGCUGCACACGGAGUGACGGCAGGAAUGCUAUGCUGAGUCUGUGCACCAAGGACAACUCCCCUCUCACCUUCCAGGCGUGUGUGAUGCCCAAGGACUGUCAGACAUCUGAUUGGUCCUCAUGGAGUCCCUGCUCUAAGACCUGCCGGUCCACCGACCUGUCCCCUGGUUACAGACUCCGGUCACGGAUCAUGACGCACAUCCCCGUCGGAGGAGGGAAACAAUGUCCUGCCCUUGAGGAAAAAGAAGCUUGCCACAUCAUAGGAGAUUUACUUCCAAACUGCCCCAGCUAUGUGUGGAGGACCACUGACUGGGGCGAAUGUCGCAUCCUCCCCUUACUGAGCCAGCAGGACCGGCGGCUGGCUAACAUCAGUAUUCUGUGUGGAAGGGGGAUCCAGACCAGAAAGACCUACUGUGUUCAAGUCCCCGAUGACUCAGCACCACAUCACAGGAAGGAGGUGUCCAGGCCUGUGAAUGCCAGGCUGUGCGCUGGUGAAGAGCCCCCCUUGGCCGUCCAGCACUGCUCCAUCCCUUGCCAGCACCACUGCCUGCUCUCCCAGUGGUCACCCUGGGGUGCCUGCCUACAUGACAACUGCAAAGAACCACAGGGGAAGAAAGGUUUCAGACAGAGGAGGAGAGAGGCGCUGUGGCAGUCCAGCAGUCCUCCGGAGACCUGCCCUCAUCUAGUGGAGUUCAUCCCCUGUGAGGAUCCUGCCUGCUACCUGUGGCAGGUCCAACAGGAAGAAAACUGCAUUCCCACUAAAGGCUCCUGUGGUCCUGGAGCUGCAGCCCAGAAUGUGACCUGUGUCAGCGCUGAAGGGUCCUCCCCUGUGCCGAUUGCCCUCUGUGUAGACGACCCUCCCCCCACAGAAGUGGCCUGCGAGGUGGCCUGUCCUUCAGACUGUGUGGUUGGCUCCUGGUCUCCCUGGUCACCCUGCUCACACAGCUGUACCAGUAAGACUGCAGAGGGUCAACAGAGCCGCACACGCACUGUGUUGGCCAUCCCAGGGAAAGAAGGGACGGAUUGUCCGGCAACUCCAGCCCUGGAGGAGUGGAGAGUCUGCAAUGACCACCCUUGUAUGGUAUUCUACUGGGAGGCCUCAGCCUGGGGUCCCUGUAUUGAGGAUGCCUUCAUGGAUCUCAAUGGAACCAGCUCCUGGAAUGGGACCCCUACCUGUGCCAUGGGUGUUCAGAUCCGCAAAGUCAGCUGCAUGAAGAUGAACGUUGGACCUGUCAUAAGUAAAAGGUGUUCAGAUUCUGCUCGUCCAGAAUCGGUCCGACCCUGUUUGCUUCCCUGCGAGAAAGACUGCAUUGUGACACCCUUCAGUGAAUGGACAGCCUGUCCAUCAACUUGUAUGCCAGAAAAUGCGACUGCUGCCACGCAGUCUCGAUACAGAACCAUCAUUCAGAGGUCUGCUAAUGGAGGUCAAGAGUGCCCUGACACACUGUAUGAAGAGAGAGACUGUGAAUCACUUCCUGUGUGUCCAGUGUAUAGUUGGAGGACACACAAGUGGCACAGCUGUAGCUUGGUUCCAGAUUCUGUUCGACGUGGAUUAUCUGGACCAGGAGAGGCCUGUGGAAAUGGUUUAGAAACGAGAGGAGUCAGUUGUGUUGGGGAGAUGGGUGAGUCGGCCAAUAUGACUGAGUGCCUGCGAUGGGCUGGCCCCUUGCCCCCUCAGAUCAGAGAGUGCCGGGUGGCUUGUAAGGAUGACUGCACUCUAACUUCUUGGUCCAAGUUCUCUGAAUGCGCUGGAUGUGGCAGCUCCCGCAGUCGAAAGCGCUCGCUUACAGGUCGCAGUAAAAAGAAGGAGCAUUGCCUGGAUGAGAAGUUACACCCCCUAGAGGAGACAGAGACUUGUCCCUGUGACGAGUUUCUGUCCCAGCCCUAUGGGAACUGGUCUGCAUGCCUCCUCCCUGAUCCUUCACCUCCGGGGUCCCUGCAGGGCUGGAUGAGCCACCGGGAGGUGAAGGAGUGUGGCCAAGGUCUGCGUUACAGAGCUGUGGCCUGUAUAGACCAGCAGGGACAUCUGGUCAAUCCCACACAUUGUACAGACUCAGGCUAUAUGGUGGAGGUUUGCCACAUCCCUUGCCCUCUAGACUGUAAGCUCAGUGACUGGUCAGCCUGGUCAGCCUGCAGUGCAUCCUGUGGCAGCGGGUUGAAGAUCAGAUCCAAGUGGCUCAGGGAAAAAGCUUUCAACGGGGGUCGCCCGUGCCCCAAGCUGGAUUUGAAGAAUCAGGCUCAGGUGUACGAGGCAGCACCUUGCCACAUUGAAUGCAGCCAAUACGAGUGGAGGAUCGAGCCCUGGUCCAUUUGUACCAUCAACACUGUGGACGACCUGCCAGCCUGUGGGGAGGGAGUCCAAAGCCGCAAGAUCAGGUGUGUGAAGCAGGAAACAGCAAGUGGGGAGAACAGCACGUUGGGAGACAGUCUGUGUGAUCCGGAGGAAAUGCCACCAAGAGCCCAGGUCUGCUUUCUGGUCUGCCCCAACGACUGUGUUGUGGCACCCUGGGGACCUUGGAGCAACUGCCCCCUGCAAUGUGACCAAGGAACAGCAAGGAACAGAAGCAGACACAUCCUCCGCCUCCCAGCCUCAGAAAACUCGGCCUGCCCAGAGCUAGUCCAGUCAGAGCCCUGCAUCCUGAACAGCACCUGCUUCUCCUACCAGUACACAGUGUCAGACUGGAGUACAUGCCAGCUGAGUGAAAAUGCCAUCUGUGGUCACGGUUCACGGCUGCGUCUCGUGGACUGUAUUCGCAGCGAUGGCAAGAUUGUGGAGUUGCAGAAAUGCGAGCAGUUUGGGCUGAUCAACAAGUACAAGCUGUCAGAGAGCUGCGUGGUUGACUGUCCUGUCAGCUGUAUGCUCUCUGAAUGGUCGCCGUGGGCGGAAUGUUCCCACACCUGUGGUAACCAAGGUCAGUUUCUGCGCACCCGGAGAAUUCUGCAGGAGGCUAAUGAGGAAGGUCGGCCCUGUCCCAACCAGCUCACCCAGAUCAAGCCAUGUCCCAUAAGGCCUUGCUAUACGUGGAGGCUGAGUGACUGGUCCCCAUGCACUGUCGAGGGUGCAGAGUGUGGUGAGGGGCUUCGGAGAAGGAGCCUGUCAUGUGUCGUCGAUAGGGGCAACUGGCCUGAGUCUCCUCCGCAGCCAGUGGACGAGGAACUUUGUGGAGACAAACUGAGGCAGCAUAUCCAACAGGAGAUGGAGCAGCCCUGCUUCGUCCCCUGCCCAGGAGACUGCCAUUUGACUGUGUGGUCGUCUUGGAGCUCUUGCCAGCUGACCUGCCUGGAGGGGCGGAGUUUUGAAACCACCGGGCGCCAAGCUCGCUCUCGAGCUGUGAUCAUUCAGGUCAUGGAGAACCAGGGCAGCUGCCCACAUCAAGUAUUUGAGACCCAGCCCUGUAAAGGGGGGAAAUGCCACAGUUACCAGUGGAGGACUGGAGGAUGGAGCAACAAUGAGAGAGCAGUGUGGUGUCAGCGCUCAGAUGGUGUCAAUGUCACAGGGGGGUGUUUCCCGCAGAAAAGGCCGACCACGGUCAGACACUGCCAUCCCGCGUGCACUAAACCCUUCUCUCACUGCACACCGAGCGGAGUGUGUGGGUGUGAGAAGGGUUACACUGAGGUGAUGACCACACAUGGCUUCUUGGACUACUGCACCAGAACGCCGGGGGUGGAUAACAACAAGAAAGCUGAUGUGAAAACCAACUCUGGAAGAUUAAAACCCGGGCCGUCUCAGGUCCAGGACCUCUUCAGCGAGUGGACAUUACGACCUGUUGGCCCAGAUGGAAGAGUAAAGCUGUGGGUUUACGCUGUGACUGCCGUUGGAUUCAUCUUAAUACUCUUCGUUAUUGCAUUAUCAUUCCUGGUCUGUAAGCCAUCCAAAACCACUAAGACGUCUCCUCCACCGCAGAAGCCCUUGACCCUGGCCUACGAUGGUGACAUGGACAUGUAACCAGGCUGCUAUACCUCGAAAGGACGUGCUCGGCCUCGGACAGACUCCUGACUGCGUUCAGAUUGUUAGCAAGCACGUCCAUCACAUACCACUGAUUGUUGGCCAGUUUGAGCUUGGGUGACUAUUUGCUGUAGUGCCAAUUGUAUUGCAAAAAUGCAGCGGACAGAUAGCGACGAUCGCACCUGAUUUGCUGCUGAAGGGCAGUGUAGCCCAUAAUUAUGGCAUCAGUCAACUUUCCUCCCCAAGGAAGAGGAACAAAAGCCAAAUAUGGUGGAAAUGAGAUAAAAGGUCUCUAGACAUAGGAAAUAAAUGGACCUCUAGUUUCUUUUUUUAACUGCUUGCAAUGUGAACGCACAGUUGAAGCACUGUUUGCAACCCACAAGUCACAAGGACUCCUAAAAGGCAAAGACUAAAUGGAUUUUUGAGUUUUAUUGUGUUAAGAAUCAGAGUCAGCAGUCACUCAUGCCAUUCAAAAGCGGAAAAACAGAACAUUUGGCAUUUGACUUUGUCUUUUCAGUGCUGGAUCUUUGUAAAAAGAAAAUGUCACAUGCCUUUUGGCUUAAAAGCCUUUUUUUGAAUUUCUGAGAAUAAACAGGAUGCCCUAUGCACUACAUUAGUGCUGAUUCACCUUUGUUUUUUCCUUUCAAAUGACUUUUCUAGUGUUUUAAUUGUAAUGCAAGUUGUUGCUGUCAGAUUGUGUUUUGUUGAUGAUGCCAUAUGUUGUGUAUAUGUGGAAACCAAAAGCAGGCUUGCCUUGAAUUUAACAAAACAAUGAUGCAGUAAUUUUUCUCCUCCCUGAUUCUCAUAAGACUUCGUAAUUGUGGAAUUUUUUUUGGUCAACAUGGUCAAGAAUUAACAGCAAACAACACACACAGACCUUUUAAUGCUAAUUAUCAAAUGCCAGCAUGAUGAAUAUCAUACCUCACACACACUCUUCCAUCAAAUCAUGCAAACAAGAAAGCACUGAUCGCCAAAACAAAUACAAGAAUGGAGAUGGUGAAUUAUGAACUGGAUCACACACUGUGUAUUUUUAGAGCAAAAAUGCUUUACUUCUUUUCACAAGGAUGUCAUACAUUUUUGUACACCAUUUAUUUCAUUGUAUUACAUCCAUUUACAAAGUCAUUUGACAGAGCAAGACGAGCUACAAGUUUUUGACAGCAUGUGUUCUUUGCUUCCUCUUUUAUUUCAGUUUUUGGACCACAAAGACAGGGCUCAAAACAUGACAGCAAAUACCAAAUAUUUGGGAGCACAAAUGAAUUAGGUCAUCUCUCAUUUCUUUUUCUCUAGCUCAUGCAAAAAA